UCAGAAUCAGAUCAUGCAUUUUGUUUUCACUUCUGCUCCAACUGAAGUUUCCACUGUCCGAAUGGAAGAGAAAUGACCAUCAGUCUUAGUAGUCCAUAUGAUUGUCUUUUUUAAUCGUUUGGAUAUUCAUCCGGUGGGCUUAGAUGGCCAUGGAUGCAAAGGAGAUACAUUCAGAUCUUAAUUCACUUAAAAGAUUAUAUGGACUUAUCAAAAGUGGAUCAUCAAACUCUGAAAGCGAAUCACCACUAGAUCAACAUUCGCGGUCUCUGCUCAAGAAUCUCCUGGAUGCUGCUACCAAAAGGGUCCUCAAGAUGGUCGCAGGGGAGGCAUCGGAACCAGCUUCUCCUGCUGAGUCAUCCAAGGAACAACAACCUACCCCACCACUACAAAAUACGUUGAUACCUGCAUAUUUUAGUGGAAGUAUUCAGAAAGAGCAAGAUGGUUCCAACACAGACAGAAUCAGAAUGCCUAAAUUGAGUGUUCCUUCCUGGAAGGACGAGUCUUUUGCUCCACAACAAUCUCAGGCUGGUCCUAGUGCUAUGGAGCAACCACUUAAACGUGCCAUGUCUGGUGGGCACGAAUACAGGAGACGUUGCAGGGUUUGCCAAAGUAACACUGUAAAACAACCUGAAACCAAGGAGGGGGUGCACUUUUACAGCUCAAACAGCUUUUCUGAUCAUUAUGUUUCUAACGGAAACCAGAAUGAAUCCAUAAGUAAAAAGGGUAGCAAAGCUUUGGAAAGGAACUGGAGUAGUAAUGCAUACAGGGGUUUCCCAGCUGAUAUGAUUGCUACUGAUUUUUCCGAAGCACCUUAUAAGGAAGCUGUAAGCAAACCACAAGAAGUAGAUAUUCUAUCAAAACAAGCUUCCAAGGCAAUUGAGCAAAUUGAGCUGGGUAUCUCCACAUUCCAUCCAGGAGAUAAUCCCCAGCAUCCAUUUGAAGGGAGAUAUGUUCAACCUCAAAAUUGUUUUCUUAAAGCAAAGUCAAAAAGCCCUGCUCCCCAAACCCAACAUGGCGAUGUUCCAAAGCUCAGUAUGACCCAAAAUGAGGAGAGAUAUAUAGGCCAAAGUACUUGGCAGCACGAUAUUUCAAGACAAAGGGUUGAGUCAUCUUUUGGCGGAACACUGCAUCAAGCAUCUCGUGUUGCAGUAGAGGAAAUACAGGCACCAUAUUUAUCUACGGGUCAAACUUCCAAUCUAGUUCAGCCAACAAGAGCAAUGUGGGAACAAUCCGUCAGGAGUAAUUUGAUCAGAGACAAACAUCCAGGCAGGGGAACUGAAGUGUCUGAGACCAGGGAGUUAGUUGAAGAAAAGAAGUUGCAAGAAAACUUUGGGGCCCAGAAUGUCAAGGCUAUUAUGGACAACAUUGAAUUAGGAAACUGGAUCAUGGGCUAUAAUGACCUCGUACAGAGUCAGAUCCAUGUUGUUCCAAAUUUCGCUGUUGCAGUUAACUCAAAUUCAACAUCCUAUAUGAAUGGUAAGGACCUAGCCAAUCAUCCUUCUAUUUUAGGGAAUAGAAAUCUGUAUCAAAGCCAUAUAGGAAAAGAGAAUGAUACCAAUAGGUACAGACUAUUCCAUAUGCCAUUGGGCAGUAUUGUGAGUUUGAAAGAAACCGAAGAAGACAGAGAGUUUGUUGAUCCUAAUCUCAAUAUCGCUUCAACUUCUGGGGCUAGCUGCAAAGCCUGCCCAUCAAAGAUGAUCAGUUCCCGACACCAAGGUCAUUAUAAGCAUCAGCAAAACUCUGGAGAGUUAUGCAAAGAUAGGAUCUCAAGGGACAGAAACUAUAAGACUGGAACAAACUUAGCAUUGCCAUACCGAGAGUCAGAUGUAACAACUGACUCAUAUCCAGACAGCCUUUAUAGUGCCACUGAUAAUGAAGAGUGUUCGCUACCAGAUAAUAGUAUAGAGACUGAAUAUACAACAUCAAGAACCAGUAGUGAAACCGAGACCAGAAGCUUGUACACAAGUUAUACAGGUGACAGUGAGAAUCAGAGCUACUACUCAUCCACCUGUAGUGGUGCGGGGCUUGAAGUAAGUUCCAGUAGGAGUAGCAGGAGAGAGGAAUGCUCCUCGAAAGAUGGAUCAAUCAAUCGAUAUGCAAGAGCCAGACACAAGUCCAUGCACUCUACAUCAAAGAGGUCUGGCCAUGGCCAGACUCGCAAAUCAUCUAACUUUGUGGGCAGUAAGAAACAAAGGGGAAUAUGGAAGCAGAUAAAAGACAAACUGGCAGUUAUUUUUCAUCACCAUCACCACCACCACCACCAUCAUCACCAUGAUCUUGGUAAUAGCAGGACAAUGAUGAACCACAAUGCAUCUUUACAGAAGAAGAGAGGGAAAGAAGUGAGAGCUGAAAGAGCUGUGGAGAAAACGAACAAAUCACUAAUAGUUGACAAAUAUAAAAGUUCACAUUUCCGUGGGCUUAUGGGAGGUUUGUUCAGGCAUGUUCGACAGUCAAGAAAGUUCAAACAAGGAAAAGAAAUCCCUGUUCAGAUGGCUAAAAGGCAGUAUAACAGCAGGAAGAAGACUUUAAAGAAGCCAACCAAAUUGCUGCAGCGUCAUAAAGAAGCUAAGUUGCCAGACAAAUCCCAUAUGAAUCUUGUAUUGGGUAAAAAGAAAACCGCUAAAGCUCUUCCCAAUUUGAUGUGA